AUGGCUUUUACUGCACAGCUGCUUCUGCUGUCCUCAUUGUUUCUACAACCAGUUCUAGUGCUUUCCCAAACUAAUGGUAGCAUAGCAGUUGGUGGUUCUCUUACUGCAACUGCAGAAGGAAACUCCUCCUCAUCAUGGCUUUCUCCAUCUGGUGAUUUUGCCUUUGGAUUUCGGCCACUUGGAAACAAUGAUCUUUUCUUGCUUUCAAUAUGGUAUGCCAAAAUACCAGACAGAACCAUAGUUUGGUAUGCAAAUAAUAAGCCUGCAGUUGCACCUGCUGCACCUCUGGGAUCAACUGUGAAUUUGACUGCUCACAGUGGACUAGUGCUCACAAGUCCUCAAGGCAAAGAGUUAUGGAAAUCUGAAACCAUAGUUGGUGUUGUUGCCAAUGGGGUUUUCAAUGAUACCGGCAACUUUGUUCUUGAAGAUGACAGUUCAAAGAAGUUGUGGGAGUCUUUCAAGAAUCCUACUGAUACUAUAUUGCCAGGACAGAUAAUUGAAACAGGAGGAAGCCUUGCUUCUCGACAAUCGGAGACUAACUAUUCCAAAGGACGGUUCCAGCUACGGUUGCAGCAAGACGGGAACCUUGUGCUCAACUCCAUAAACUUCACAACAGCGUCUACUAACACACCGUAUUAUGGAAGCGCCACUACCACAGGGACAGUGCCAGGAAGUGAAGGUAAACAGUUGGUUUUCAAUGACUCAGGCUACUUGUAUGUCCUGAGAGAGAAUGGUGGAAAAUACACUCUCACAUGGGGAAAUAGGGUCUCAGCAAUGGCCUAUUAUACUAGAGCAACUCUCAACUUUGAUGGGGUUUUUGCUCAGUAUGUUCACCCAAAGACUUUUUCUGGCAAUGCAAGCUGGGAACCUCUUUGGUCACUGCCAGAAAAUAUUUGCCUGGAUAUUGAUGCUGAUUCAGGUCCUGGGGUUUGUGGGUUCAACAGUAUCUGCGCACUCAGUGCAGCAGAUAAGAGGCCAAAAUGUGAAUGCCCAAGAGGGUUCUCUUUGCUUGAUCCAAAUGACCUAUAUGGAAGCUGCAAACCCGAUUUCAUACAAAGCUGUGAAGAAAAAGAAGAAGAGCAUCUAUAUGAUGUUCAGAUGCUAACAAAUACUGAUUGGUUAACCUCAGAGUAUUCGCGUUUGGAGGAAUUUACUGCAGACAACUGCAGUGAGUCCUGUAUUCAAGAUUGUUUAUGUGGUGUUGCUAUUUACAGCAAUCAAACCUGUUGGAAAAAGGAGUUGCCCCUCUCAAAUGGGAGAGUGGAUAGCGGUCUACGUGCAACGACCUUCAUCAAAUUCAGGAAGGACAAUUCAACUCUACCAGUCCCUCCAUCGCCAAGUCCAGAUGAUAAGAAGAAUAACAAGACCACCUUCACGGGUAUACGACCUGUUGAUGCUCUUUUUCGGAGAGGGUCAACUUAG